AUGAUAGCUGAUGCAUUCUUCCUUCCAAUGGCUAUUCCAUCACUUAUUUACCCGGCCCAGAAUAUGCAUCUUUUACCCCUUGUGUCCCUUGCCACUCUAGCCACCGUUGGCAGAGCCAGGACCUCCGGCUGUGGCAAGGAUAUCCCCUCUAAGUUCCCCAGCCCUGGCGAAAGCAAGAUUCUGCAUCUGCCAGGAACCGAUCGCGAGUACAAGUUAUUUAUUCCCACUCACUAUGACCAAAACAAGCCGACACCGGUAUAUUUUUCCUUUCACGGUGCCUCGCGAGAUAUGAACGAGGAGGAAGAUCUGUCACAAUUCUCGAACGCAGAUUUCAACAAGGAUGGCAUUGCUGUCUAUCCCAAUAGCAGGAACGGCUACUGGCUGUCUCAUCCUAAGGCCGACACUUCAAGACCGAAUGACCUGGAUUUCACCAACGAUCUCCUCACCCAUUUGGAAGAAGAGCUCUGCAUAGAUCCAAGCAAAAUUUAUUCCGCCGGCAAGUCUAACGGUGGUGGCUUCACCGGGGUAAUUGCCUGCAAUGCCACCGUCGGCGGCCGCUUCGCCGCUUUCGCUGCUGUUAGUGGUGCUUGGUACAACACUGACGGUAUCCCUGGUGUUGGCCCUUGUGUGCCAGCCGAACGAGAAGAAGGAUACCCGUUCCUCGAGUUCCAUGGCACUACAGACACCACUGCACCCAUUGAUGGUAACGCCAAGAAGCCUCCUAAACUCCCUGUGAUUGAUAUUCUCCAAGGUUGGGCUGAACGGAAUGGUUGUAGAGCCAAUGCCAAGUGGGCUCGAAAUGCGACCAUUUUCAAACAGCCACUCGUCAAGCACGUCACCUGGGAUUGCGCCGGCAGGGUUGGUAUCAUACAGCACUAUCGUGAAAGUGAUAAUGGUCAUUGCUGGCCCUCUACGGUUCCCAACGAUGACUACAAAAGGCUUUCCAAGCAGUGUAAACUGGGGAAAUAUGUCUUCAAUGCAACUGAGUAUAUUUUUGACUUUUUCAGCAACUACCAAUUGAGAAAUUGA